AUGACCUCAGCCGACUCUCUCACGUCCAUGGACCUCCCUAUCGUCGACAUGGACGUGUACUUCGCCCACGAACCCUCCUCCACGCCCGCCCUCGCCGAGUGCGCCAAGGCCGCCGACGCGCUUAUCCAGUACGGCGCGCUCGUCCUGCGCGACUCGCGCGUCGCCGCGCGCGACAACGACGACUUCCUCGACCUCCUCGAGGACUACUUCGCGCAGCCCGAGGCCGCGCAGCGCCGCGAUGAGCGGCCCGCGCUGAGCUACCAGGUCGGCGCCACGCUGGCCAACACGGAGCGGCCCAAGUGCGCCGUCGACGAGCCCUGCCUGGACAUCAUCGCCCGCCUGGCGCCGGACCAGCGCCCGCUCGACGUCUCGGGGCACCAGCCGGACCCCAAGUGCAGGUUCUUCUGGCGGAUGGCGGAGGAGCCCCCGGAGGGGACGCAGUUUCCGGGGCUGAACGCGGGGAACGUGGUGCCGCAGGCGGAGGGGCUGAGGGAGCGCUGGACGCCGACGAUGGACCGCUGGGGCGGUUGCAUGAAGAGCGCCCCGCACCUCCUCGCGCCGACCGCAUCGGACCUGAACAAGUACGGCGCGCUGGACACCAUCCUCGCCGGCUUCCACACGGACCUCAACUUCCUGACCAUCCACGGGCGCAGCCGGUACCCGGGGCUCAACAUCUGGGCGCGCAACACGGGGCGGCGCAUCGCCGUGCGCAUGCCCCCGGGCAACUACCUGCUGGUGCAGGCGGGCAAGCAGCUGGAGCACGUCACCGGCGGGCUGGUCAAGGCGGGCUUCCACGAGGUGACGGUCAACGCGGGGACGCUGGCGGCGAUGGAGCGGAGGCGGGUGGAGGAGCCGGGCCGGCCGCAGAUUCGCAUCUCGAGCACGCUGUUCUGGCACCUGGGGUCGGAUUUUGACCUGGUGCCGGUGGAGGAGCUGGCGGAGAGGGCGAGGGCGCUGCGGCGGGAGAGGGAGGCGGAGGGCAUGGAUGAGGGUAGGGAGGCGGAGUAUCCGCCGAUGAAGGUCGGGCAUCAGGUGCAGAGUGAACUGAAGCAUAUUGCGCUGAUGACUUGA